AUGCCUCCUAAAUUGCCUCCUAAGAUUAGAAAGUUUGAUUCUGGAUGUGAGAAACGUAAGAAAAAGAAGAGACUUGAUGAGUUAACUCGAUCUCAAUCAGGAGCUCUUAAUAAAUUUAUUAUAAGAGAACCACAAGUUCCCAUUGAAAAUCAAAAUGUUGAUGUUGGAAUUAUUGAAAAUAUGGAAGAAAAUGAUAAUGUUAAUGCUACUGAAAAUGAUAAUUUAGAUGCUGAAAAUAUGGAGGAAAAUGCUACUGUUAAUGCUACUGAAAAUGUUAAUUUAGAUGCUGAAAAUAUGGAGGAAAAUGCUAAUGUUAAUGAUACUGAAAAUGUGAAUUUAGAUGUUGAUAAUGCUAAUGACAAUGGUGAUGAUAUAGACAUAUUUGAUCCAACAGUAUGGGAUAAUCUUGAGUCUAGAAUGAUUGAUUUAUUAGCAACAAAAGGUCCUAAAAGAGAUUUGUCUAUUCUAAAGGGUCCUAAAGAUAAAUCAUCUAGACGUUUUACGGCUAAUUUGUAUACUAGAGUUUUACCAAAUGGAGAGAAAUUUGGUGAGAGACUUAGAGAGCAUGAGACAGGCAUGGAACAUGUUCGCAAUAUGACUACUUGGUAUGAGUUGCGUAAAAGAAUGCAAAAUUUUCAAACUAUUGAUAAAACAACUCAAAGGUUGAUUGAGAAAGAAAAGGAACACUGGAAAAAUGUUUUAAAAAGAAUUAUUUCAAUAGUGAAAUUUCUUGCUAAACAUAAUUUGGCCUUUCGUGGUUCUAAUGAGAGAUUGUACCAAAAUAGCAAUGGAAAUUUUUUAGGCUUAAUUGAAAUGUUAGCUGAAUUUGACCCAAUUGUCCAAGAACAUGUUAGGCGUAUUACAGAUGAUAAUAUUCAUGUUCACUUUCUUGGGCAUAAAAUUCAAAAUGAGUUAAUACUUUUGCUUGCUUCUGCAAUUAAAAAUGAAAUCAUUAGAAAAAUCAAACAAGCAAAAUAUUUCUCAGUGAUACUUGAUUGUACUCCUGAUGUUAGUCACCAAGAGCAGAUGUCUUUGAUAAUACGAUAUGUGGAUAUUUCGUCAAAUUCUGUUAGUGUUGAAGAAUCUUUUUUAGGAUUUUUGAAUGUCAAUGAUACAACUGGUCAAGGGCUUUUUGAUGUUUUACAAGAUGAAUUGAAAAGUCUUGAUCUUGACAUAUUUGAUGUGCGGGGACAAGGUUAUGAUAAUGGGUCUAAUAUGAAAGGCAAACAUCAAGGUGUGCAAAAGAAAUUUUUAGACAUAAAUCCAAGAGCCUUUUAUACUCCGUGUGCUUGUCAUAGUCUUAAUUUGACAUUGUGUGAUAUGGCUAACUCUUGUGCUAAAGCUAAAGAUUUUUUUGGCGUUGUUCAACGCAUUUAUACUAUUUUUGCUAAUUCUACUAAGAGAUGGCAAAUUUUGAAAGAUAAUGUAAAAUGUUUGACUCCAAAAUCAUUGUCAUCCACUCGUUGGGAGAGUCAUGUAGAUAGUGUUAGAGCUAUUAAAACUCAAAUGUCAGAUUUUAGAGAAGCUUUACUUGAAGUGUCAGAUAAGGAUCUUGAUUCUAAAAUAAGAAGUGAAGCUAAAUCCUUAGCAACAAAUGAGCUUGGUGAUUUUGAGUUUUUAAUCGCGAUAAUUAUUUGGUUUGAAAUAUUAUCUGCAAUUAAUGUGGUUAGCAAGCUUUUACAAUCAAGCGAUAUGGAAUAUAGGGAAACCGGUUUUAAAAAUGCCUUGAGUCAUGCUACGGAAAUUGCCAUUGAAUUGAAUAUUGAUCCAAUCUUUCCUCAAAGGCGUAUAAUCAAAAGAAAAAGACAGUUUGAUGAGAAUUUGAAUACCCCAUCAGUUGAGCUAUCUGAAGAGGAAUCAUUUAGAGUUAAUUUUUUUCUUUACCUUGUUGAUCAAGCUAUUGUAUCUCUUAAUAAGAGAUUUGAGCAAUACCAACAAUAUGAAAGUGUUUUUGGUUUCUUGUUUACUUCUCAAAAUUUACAAUCAUUGGACAAUGCAACUUUAGAGUCUUGUUGUAUUCAUUUUGAAGAGGCAUUGAAACAUAAUGAGCAAUGUGAUAUUGAUGGGAAAGAAUUAUGUAUGGAGUUAAGGUUACUAAGAGAUAUGCUGCCUGCAGGUAAUAUUGGACCUAUUGAUAUAUUGAGAUUUUUGAAAGGCAUAGAUUUUUUCCCUAAUACAAUUAUUGCAUAUAGAAUUUUAUUGACUAUUCCUGUGACAGUUGCCUCUGCAGAAAGAAGUUUUUCAAAAUUGAAGCUGUUGAAGUCUUACUUGCGGUCUACCAUGUUACAAGAAAGGCUUAAUGGGUUAGCAUUGAUAGCAAUUGAGAAUAAUUUGUUGGAUAAAAUACAAUAUGAAGACUUGAUUGAAAAUUUUGCUUCAAAAAAUGCUAGGAGGGAGGCUUUUUUUAAGUAG